ACGAACGUGUUUAUAAGAUCAUCAUGUAUAUAUGUUUCUUCAAUACCAGUGGGUUUUUAUUUGUAUAAAUAUAUUUCAGAUUGUAUAGUUUAGAAAGAAUGCAACCCCUGAUCAAUAAGACUAACUUCAUUGUAGUACAUACUAAAUUAGAUAAUUUAAAUUUAGUUAAAAUUAAAUAAUUUAACCAAAAAGGAAAGUUUAUAUACGCUCAAUUUUUAUGGUAAUAUAAUAUUCAAUCUUAUCUCUUUUAAUUUUGUAAUAAAUCAGUUUUAGUGAAAAUAUAAUAACAAGGUAAACUAUUUUCUUGUUUUUUUUUCAUCAAACUAUUUUCUUGUUAGAAACUAUUUUCUUGCAUCCAUAUACAUGAUGCACAAAAAGUCACUCUGACCAUCACCAAUUAAUCAUUAUUAAUUAAGAUUUUGCUAAACUUUCUUGAAUACAGUUUUUGUUAUAUACUUAUAUGUACAUAUUGAAAAGAAAAUGAUACAUGUAUUUUAGAACAAUCCACACCUUUAUAUAAACCAGGAUCUUUUAGUAUUCAGAUAUGACCCCUCAAAAUAUAGAGCACAUCGAUUGAGCAAAGGGAUGAAUAACCUCUAUCGUUCUCUUUUUAUCAUCGCAUUGGGCGUAGGAUUGAGUAACGCCCUGGCCAUCAAAAUGAAAAAUUCAGUACAUUUUAUAAACUCUCUUGCUGGAAACAACGUCCUUAAAAUUCAUUGUAGAUCAGACGAAGACGAUCUAGGCGAGCACCUUUUGAAGCCUGGAGAAGUCUACGAUUUUAGUUUUUAUGAUAGUAUCUUCGGAACCAGGAUCAAUUGUGAUUUAGCGCAGGGAAUUGAAUUCAGAUUUCAUGCGAAGUUCAUGGCAUACAAAAGUGGUGGUCUCAUACUUCAUUAUGGUAAGAAGAAUUUUUGGUUUUGCAGAGAUGAUGGGAUUUACUUUACCCAUGGUAAGCAAACGCCAAAGUUAGAAUAUAAGUGGGUCUACAAAGUCAUUGACAUGGCACCGUCACCUUACUGAUCAUAAUCUUUUUUCUCAAUAAAUUGUUGUGAUUUACUGUUAUGAAGUGAAAAGAUCUUCUUUGUCUUAAGUACAAUUUUAUAAAUUCCGUUUCUUGGAAUGGAUGCCUAUUAAUAUA